AUGGCGUUGUCGCCCUGGCAGCUGUGCUUCCACGCGGACCUCAAGUGCCGCGUGAGAGCCUGCAGCAACAAGAGAAUCGUCACGGGCAACAACGCGGCGACGGUGUCCUCGCCGUAUUGUCGACAGCACGCGUGUACCGUGUGUCUGAAGUUCAAGACGCGGUUUAAGCGCGGCCACGGGGAGGAGAAGAUCUGCCAUCACCACGGCUGUGCCCUCGCCGAGUGCAAGGAAUCGCGGUGUCCGAAGAAGAGCUCGCCGUAUUGUAGUAAGCACGCCUGCAGCGUUAAGGACUGCGAGCAACCGAGGCAAAGCCCGGGUUUGUGCUGCCGCCAACACACCUGCCACGGCCGGGGCUGUAUCAACUGCAUCCACCCCUCUUCCUCCCCGCCGUCACCAUUAUCCACGGGUCGCGACCCCCCGUACUACUGCCACGGACACCAGAUCUGCCAGGCCGACGGCGGAUGCGAGUCCCUCGUGUUCCAUGACGUCUCCCACCGCCCGGCCAAGUACUGCUUCCGCCACUUCUGCGCCGCGUCCGCGGCCUGCGAGGGGCAGCGCGUGGAGGGCGACGGCGCGCAGGCCUGCCGCGAGCACUCCUGCGCCCUGCACCCGACGUGCGCCAAGCCGCGCGUCGACCCCGUCCGCAGCCUCUUCUGCGAGGACCACGCGUGUGCGGACCCCGGCUGCCGGAAGCAGACGUACGAGGGCGGGACGGGAGGCGGAACCGGGAGCCGGGAAGGAGGCAAAUGGUGCGCCGACCACAUGUGUCUGCUGGCGCUGCUCCGGCAAGCGGACUGCGAGAACCGCCGCGAGGGCACGGCGGCGAAUCCGCUGUACUGCGCCGACCACGGGCCUUGUGCGCGACGUUGCCCCAGAGCCGGAGUCGGGGUUGGCAGCGUGGGUGCGGGUGCGGGUGCGGGUUGUCGAGGCGGGAUGAUGUGUUUUCGCGCCUCGGCGGCUGCAGUGAUGGCGGGAGGCGAAAGAGGAGGAGGUCGUGUUGGUGGUGGGUUUUGCGCGUGUCAUAGUGCUGGAGAUGGUGGCGAUGACGGCGGCGACGAAGACGACGACGAUGAUGAUGAGAGUAUUACGGACCAUGGCGAUAGGUGUGUAAAUGGUUCUGGUGGUAGUAUAGGAGGUUGUGUCCGUGGGGGGACAUGUGACUGCGACGAUGGUGUAAAGGGACAGUAAAAAUUGAAAUUUGAAGACACCACAUUGAAUUAGAAGUACCUUAGACAACUCGAUACAGAAAGCUUUGAUUGACUUGACAAUCCCCUAUUUUUUGCCUACUAACUAAACCGAAAAGGAAUACUCAAUAUGGGUUAAGGGCAUAGGGCAUAAAUGCUGAAGCAUUUGGAAUUCCAUCGUGUACACUCAAUGAAUAACAUCGUCU